GGCUGGAGUCUGUGGCAGCGGAAUCAUCUGGUUUGCGCUGUAAUAAAUCUGUGUUUGAGCCAAGAUGGCGACCGAGGAAAGCGCUAGUUUCCCUGUGAAUAUAGAGCAAGGGGCGGGUUUAAAACUGCAUCACACAGCUGAUCUGGAGGUUCUCCCCCAGUCAAGUUGUUUUUUUGCAGAGAGCAGCCUUGUUGACUCACUGAGGUCGCGCUGUUGUUUUCUUUCUCUCUUGUUUUUUUGUUUAUUUAACCCAGCGUUUAGACACCCAUUUCCCCCCAAACCCAAUAUCGGACUUAAACCCCAGCGCGUGUUCCAUUAUGACACUUUUUUUCCCGAAUAAACAGUUUUUGUCGCGAUUGUUCACUGGAAUACUCUCGCCUUUCGGUCACCCGCGGCGAUCUGCAGCCCCGAGGUCUGACACCGUGUGAGCGUGUGAGCCGACGCGUUAGUGCGAGCCGUCGGUGGACAUGUCUUCAGCGGGAGCGGGGGUUCACUCGCAGUUGUUUACCUCGCUGAACGAGACCCCCGGAGCCGCGAUCUCCCCGACACUGGAGCUCGGUCUGACCGCCGUCUGCACUGUCCUCUACUCUUCGCUGUUCGCUGUCGUCUACCUGCAGCUGUGGCUCAUUCUGCACUACGGACACAAGCGCUGCAGCUACCAGAGCGUCUUUUUGUUCCUGUGCCUGCUGUGGGCAGCGCUGAGGACGACCCUCUUCUCGUUCUACUUCAAAAAUGUGGCGCACGCCAACCAGCUGCAGCCUCUGGCCUACUGGCUCCUCUACUGCUGCCCAGUGUGCCUGCAGUUUUUCAUAUUCUGCCUGCUCAACCUGUACUUCACACAGGUCAUAUUUAAGGCUAAAGCCAAGUAUUCCCCGGAGCUCGCCAAAUACAAGGUUCUUCUCCGUUUGUUCUUCCUGUGUCUCAGUAUAUUUUUCCUGGUGGUUAAUUUAACUUGUGCAUUGUUAAUGCAAGGAGCUCUGGAGCACUCAGAAUCACCAAGUGAUGAGGAUAUCAGACAUGCCGUCUUGGCCCGUGUCCUGAUCAAUGACAGUCUGUUUGUCUUGUGUGCCAUCUCUCUGGCCGUCUGCAUCUUCAAGAUUGCCAAGAUGUCCUCUGCCAACGUUUAUCUUGAAUCUAAGGGUACGUCAGUGUGCCAGGCGAUAGCUAUAGGAGCUGUGGUGAUUCUCCUCUACACAUCCAGAGCCUGUUACAACCUGGCGGUGGUGGCUUUGUCCCCACACGGCAGACCCAGUCCCUUUAAUUGUGGCUGGUACACUGUGUCUGAUCAGCCAGACACGCAGCAGAUCCGCGGUGAAGCCUAUAUUGUGUUUGGGAUUAUUUUGUUCUUCUGGGAGCUACUGCCCACCAGUUUAGUGGUGGUUUUCUUCAGAGUCCAGCGACCCAACCAAAACCUGGCUCCGGCAGGGAUGAUCAACAGCCACAGUUUCAGCUCCAGAACGUACUUCUUUGACAACCCUCGACGGUACGACAGUGAUGAUGACCUGUCCAGAGGCAGUAACAGUAGGGCUGAUCUGGCCAGUCUACUCUCUUCCACUUCCCAGAUAGGCGCAUCUAGUUGGUACGGCUCCAUCCAGUGUAACGGGGCUCUGGCAGUGGGAGGUGCGUCCGCCCUGCAACCGCCAUCUUCCACCGCCCCCGUCCUUCUUGCCUACGGAGACAUCCAGAGUCACCGCCACCUGCACCACCUCCACCACCACAACUACUACUCAACCCCACAGAACAACAACAACUACCACCACAACAACAAUCAUCACAGUAACUACUAUUCCACGCCACAACAUUAUUACUGCGGGCCGCAAACAUAUUUCUGCAACCCGCAGAGUUAAGCAUAAAAAGAGACUAACAUCAGACAUUGGUUUGUGUUGUUUGAACUAUUUUCAAUGGGUACACAUAUGAUACAGUUAAUGCAAUAGGAUUAAAUGAACCAGGACCGCAAACAGACAGGAUUUUGUUGAGCGGUGGCUGCCCGCCCCUCGCAAAGUGAGGGAGUAGCAAUCCGCUUGGCAGCAGCAGAGCACAGUGGACGGGCUGGGGUGUAAGGUUUGACCCCCUAUACAAGGGGUAAGAAACAAUAGAUAAGAUUAGUGCAUUUUCAAUCAGACUGAGUAUUUGUGACAUCACGCUCCCCAAAACACCUAACUGCAUUUUGGUUUCACCAGAGCCAGUUUUUAUUUGAGUGUGGAAUAUUUGGUUAGUGGCACCACCAUGACGAAGAGUAACUUAAGUCUUAUGAGUUUCAUUCCUUAACUAAAUAUGUUUGCGCAAAGAAAUGGUAGAUUAACAUUAUGUUUUGAAAUAAUCGUGUCUCUAACCUGAUCCAUUUCUAAUCCAAGCCAAGUGACAUUUGGAGUUGGUGUUAUCUUAGAUCUUUUUGUUUUGAAGUUUAGUAUGCGUUUAUACAUGAUUUUUGUAUGUCACGUUGAUUUUUACUUUCAAACAGAUUAUACAUAUAUUUUUAUUUGGUACUAUAGCUGUCAAUCACACUGUAACCGCACCCCAAUGCACAAAGUGCUCUAUUUUACUCUAAAUGGGACCAUCAUUUACUAAAUGAACAUCAUGCUGUUUUGGAGAAGACUUUAGCGAUUGAGACCAUACACUCUCCAGGUUAAUGUAUACUGACCGUAUAAAUCAAGUGAGAAUCCCCUUGCCAAAGAAUGAGUGUUUGGUUUGUCUCUUCUCGGCUACUGUAGUAAAAUGGCUGUGAAACAUGGUUGACUCUGUGGAAGAGGACCGACUUUGUACUAAAUAAAUAUAUACAGUAUAAAGGGCUCAUUUUGAGGUAACGAAAACAGUGAUUCUUUGUUUCAGGUGAUUUUACACAAAUUAUGAUAUUAUAAUAUUAUAUUCCAUCGGUGCCAUCCUGUUAAAAAGUUUGGGGGAAAAAUGUACCGGUAAAUUUAUGUGAAGAAGGCCACUGUUCAUGCUUUUAAGUAAAGCAUCUCUUGUAUCAAGAAGUUUCACGGAGCACUUUUAAAAUACAGUUAAGAAAGUAAACCUCUCACUGUUGGGUCCAGCUUUUGAAAAAAAUCAACAUCUGCAGUGCAUGUUUCUGUACCAGAGUGCAAGAACUCAGUGUCAUAAAGGAUAUUAUGUGUGUGGAAAUGUUUUAUUCUUCUAUCUGCUAUAAAAAGGCAGGGACAUUGUUUCAUAAUUAUGGAUUGUUUUGUCCAUGGCCGUACUGAAUGUAACCUAUUGUGUGACAAAUUACUAACGAUGUAUGCGAGAAAAGCACUAUACCAUGUUUAAAUAAAGACCCAAUGCCCUGUUUUAAAACAAAACAGAACCAGAA